AUGUUUGCCCUUUCUUCCAGAGUUAUCCCUUCCACUGUUGCACGUGCCUCUCGCAGAACGUACUCCAAUGAGGUUGCCAACACCAUCCGCAAUGAAAAGGUCUGGUUCGGAGAUAUCUCCACCUACCCUAUCAUGGCCAUCUGUGGAGGAGCCUGCAUCGGUGCUGGAGCUUACAUUGCCUACAAAUUCCAAUCUUCCCCUGAUGUCCGUUGGUCCAAGGAGAAGCGUGGAUCUGAGAUCCGCUGGUGGGGUGAUGACAAGCAAUCCCUUCGAUUGAACAAGUAA